UCAGGCAUUAUUAACUGCUAUUUAUUACUCCGUGUAAUCGUAACAGUUAACGCUUCCUCUGUUAGAUCUAAUAAAAAGUUAGUGCUCUGAUUGAAGCUUGGCGCUAUCGAGUUUAUUAAAAGGGGCGCUAUCAGAACGUGGCUUGAGAACAUUGAUGCCUGAUAGACAACGAAAGGGGCAAAGGUUUCUCGAUAUCUAUGACAGGCAAAAAGGUUUUGCAUACUGGGCGCCGAGCUAGCAGAAGCUACAGGCACUUCACUGAGAUCCGCUCGAGUCUGGAUAUGGAUAACGCUAUCCCUCUGGCAUUUUCAAACUCAUUUUUAUGCGUCUCUUGCUCUUAGAAGCGGGCUAACUUGUAAAGUCGCAUUCUGUUGCACGGCUUUAAAGCAAAGAGGCGUUCCGUGGUCACCGUUUAAGGUGUUCCGGCUAAAAAAUUCUGCUGGUAUUUCGCCGUCAGCUAUCCAUCCACCCAUCCGUCGGUGCUGACAGCUGCGUAUUCACAUCCGGACUCAGUGCUGAGGAGUGGGUGGGGAGGGGGUCGACCAAAACAGAAAUCAAAGGGUGGGGGUUGCAUCAAGACGCCCAUGAGGAUAUGAAAAGACUGGAUGAAUGCUACAACUAAAGAAUGGCACAGGAACUUCCAACUUAAAUUUGGAUUCAUUCAUUGAGCAAGCCUUAAGAGCUUAUCAGUGGAGAACAGGUUUAACCCACUGGAAUGACACCGGCGCUUUUAUUACUCCUGAAACUUGUGACUGACUACCACAUUAGUGGUUUUGGUCCGUGGUGAGGGCACUGUAAGUUGGCUCUGGCUACAAUAGUUGUUAGCAACUCCCUGCUUGUAAGUGUUUCAAGACCUGAAGUUUCAUUGUCAUUGUUUAAAAGUCUGCAAAAUGACUUCAGAGUGGAGUGAGAAAUCCACAGCAGACCUCAUGAGCAGGUAUGUCUCCAAGGAAAUGGGAUACAAUGUGCCCAAGGAAGGUUGGCGUAUCUGUCUGGCGCACGAGUUCAAGGAGAAGAGAAAGCCCUUUCAAGCAAAAGACGUCUCUCUGGCCAACAUCUGGGGGCAUAUCGGCCUUGGAGUCAGGUAUCUAAAGUUUUGGUACAAGAAGACGCAGGUGGAAAAGAAGGCUCCGUUCAUUGAUAUGUUUGGUGCCCAACCCUUACGCCAAAUCUACGGCGCUCCACUUGGCGGCAUUGGAGGAGGUACCAUCACAAGAGGUUGGAGGGGGGAGUUCUGCAGAUGGCAACUUAAUCCUGGGAUGUACCACUACAAAACAGUCAUACCCAAUCAGUUCACUGUGUGUUUGCGUCGUGAAGGAAAAACUGUUUACCAGCAGGUGUUAUCUGUAGAGCGUCCACCUACAUUACAAGGCUGGAACUGGGGCUACUGCGGGGAGUACGCCUUCUAUCACGCCUUGUAUCCUCGCGCCUGGACGGUUUAUGACCUGCCAGGACAGAACGUCACCCUGACCUGCAGACAGAUUUCCCCAGUCAUCCCUCAUGAUUAUCAGGACUCAAGUCUCCCAGUUGCAGUAUUGGUGUGGGACAUAGAGAACAAGAACGAGUACGAUCUUGAUGUCUCGAUUAUGUUUACCAUGGUCAACGGAUCAGGACAAAAGGACGACAAGUGUGGCGGACACUGGAAUGAACCAUUUCACCUGGAGAAGGAGGGGGAGGCGGUGUCUGGGGUCCUACUUCAUCACUGUACUGCAGUGAACCCUUACACUCUGUGCAUCGCAGCCCGAGAGCAGUCUGACAGGGAGAUCAGCCACCAGACAGCGUUCAGUCCAAAGGGACCCUGCUUCAGUCUGUGGAACGACCUCAUCGAUGAUGGACGGCUGGACUCUCCUACAGGAUCCAGUCCACCAACAGUUAAAGGAGAAAAGGUAGCUGCGGCAGUAGCUGUGGGCUGCUCUGUGCCGGCUCAGGGCCAUAACUCACUGGAGUUCUGCUUGGCCUGGGACAUGCCCAAAAUUACCUUUGGGUCUCGGGAGAAGGAGCACAUGAGGAGAUACACUCGUUACUUUGGGACCAAAGGAGAUGCAUCCCCCUCACUCAGCCAUUAUGCCCUAACACACUACAAGCAGUGGGAGAAAAGCAUUGAGGAGUGGCAGAGACCCAUACUGCAGGACAGUUCUCUACCUUCCUGGUAUAAGUCAGCACUGUUUAACGAGUUAUACUUUGUGGCGGAUGGUGGGACCGUGUGGACGGAGAUAAUGGAGGAUGUUGACAUCAGUGGCGGCAUACGUAGCGAGGACGGAGGUCUGCCAGCUCAACCCACUGUCAUCAAGGAGUAUGGACGUUUCGCUUACCUAGAAGGUCAGGAGUACAGAAUGUACAACACAUAUGAUGUGCACUUCUACGCCUCUUUUGCACUUAUCAUGCUGUGGCCCAAACUUGCCUUGAGUUUGCAGUACGACAUUGCUGGCAGUGUGGUUCAGCAAGACCUCACGGAGAGACUCCACCUAAUGAGCGGACAGUAUUCUCCCAUCAAAACCAAAAAUGUGGUGCCUCAUGACAUCGGAGACCCAGAUGACGAGCCCUGGGUGAGGAUGAAUGCCUACCUCAUUCAUGACACCGCACACUGGAAGGACCUGAACCUGAAGUUUGUCCUGCAUGUAUACAGGGACUUUCAUCUUACCCAGGACAGGCAAUACCUCCAGGACAUGUGGCCCAUCUGCCAGGCAGUGAUGGAGUCCGAGUUGAAAUUUGACCUGGAUGGAGAUGGCCUAAUAGAGAACUCUGGAUAUGCUGACCAGACCUAUGAUGGCUGGAUAGUGACUGGACCAAGUGCCUACUGUGGUGGUAUGUGGGUGGCAUCGCUCUGUGUGAUGUGUAAAAUGGCCAGACUGUUGGACAGCGAGGAGUUGUACUGUCACUACAAAGACCUGUUGGACAGAGGCAGUGCUGCUUUUGAGAAACUACUGUGGAACGGCAAAUACUACAACUAUGACAGCAGUGGGAGAGAUCUUUCUAACAGUGUCAUGUCGGACCAGUGUGCUGGCCACUGGUUCCUGAGAGCAUCUGGGCUGGGAGACGGAGAAUUUCAGGCCUUUCCAAAAGAAAAGAUCCAAAGUGCACUAAAAUCUGUGUUUGACUUGAAUGUAAUGAGCUUUGCUGGAGGCCAGAUGGGGGCAGUCAAUGGCAUGCGCCCUGAAGGAGUCCCUGAUCGCUCCAGUGUUCAGUCUGAUGAAGUGUGGAUUGGAGUUGUAUACGGUCUGGCAGCCACAAUGAUCCAUGAGGGAAUGCAGGAGGAAGGUAUGCGUACAGCGGAGGGCUGCUACCGGACGGUGUGGGAGAAGCUGGGCAUGGCCUUUCAGACCCCAGAAGCCUACUGUGAGAAGAAUAUCUAUCGUUCUCUAGCCUACAUGAGGCCUCUGAGCAUUUGGGCCAUGCAGCUCGCCCUGAACACUUCACAGAAGGAUCAGACCACAACAGCUUAGACUGGAGUCACAUACUGAACUAAGACCCGAGUCAUUACAGGAGGGAACAGGAGUUCCUAGAAACUCCGCUGUAGCCACCACUUUGAUCUGGACUGACACUUUGAGGUGCUGUUUAACUGUUUACAGACCCAGAAUUAAAUUUUCCCAAGUUUGUUUCACUGUAAAUGUUUGAGGCUAUGGUACCGGAUUGUACAUUUUCCUCUACAAAGACAGUAGGUGUGAAAUAGUGAUCAUAUUGUUAGGCAAGCACAUUUGAUUUUCUUUCUGUGUAUGAAGUGUUAGCCAGGUAAUAGCAAAAAAUAAAUGAAUAAAUCAUAGCCUGUGUCUAUUAAACAAAUUACUUUGUUACAGAACAUCAAAAUACUGUUUGCAUACACAUAAAAAAGCAAACACUACACUUCGCUGUUCACAGUCAUGGCUAUAAUACCUGCAACAUGUUUAUUAUAUGAUUUUCUUUAUCCCCUCCCUUCAUCCCAACUUGAUUGCUGUACUAAGUGGUGUAAUUUUUGAUGAGUGGUUUUGGAGAUUAAGCCUG